UUUUUUUUCAAAAACAAUGCCCAGCAACACCACCACAUCUUCUGCUACUCCUCGAGACACAAUGACCCACUUGGAUUUCUUCAAGAAGCUCAAGAGAUUGAACCCUCUUGAGCCUUCUCUUGGCAUUCUUGGCUUCUUUCUAGUCACCGUACUCCUCAUUUGUUGCUUCUUUUACUUGGAUUAUAGGAGUGUGACUCGUGGCCUUCGCUACCAUGGUAUCUCCUGGUCUGGACUUGUUGUACCUUCUUCAUCAGAAUUAACUGGUGGAGAUAGUGGACGGCCAGGAUUUCUUGAUAAGGGUGGUGAUUGGUGUGAUAUUUUUGACGGGAACUGGGUUUGGGAUGAUAAUUAUCCUCUGUAUCAGAGUCAAGAUUGUUCCUUUAUAGACGCUGGUUUUAGGUGUUUAGAGAAUGGUAGGCCUGAUAGCUUCUACACCAAGUGGCGUUGGCAACCCAAAUAUUGCAACUUGCCCAGAUUCGAUGCAAGGUUGAUGUUGGAAAAGCUGAGGAACCGGAGGCUUGUAUUUGUUGGAGACUCAGUUGGAAGGAACCAGUGGGAGUCCCUCCUGUGUAUGCUUGCCACUGCUGUUCCUGACAAUUCUUCUAUAUAUGAGGUGAAUGGGAACCCAAUUACAAAGCACAGAGGGUUUCUGGCGUUCAUAUUCAAGGACUAUAAUUGCACCCUUGAAUAUUACAGGGCUCCAUUUCUAAUGGUACAGGGCCGCCCCCCUGCUGGAGCUCCGAAAGAGGUGAAGUUGACUUUAAGAGUGGAUACAUUGGACUGGACUUCCCCCAAGUGGAAAGAUGCAGAUGUUCUAGUUCUUAACUCUGGCCAUUGGUGGAAUCAUGAGAAGACCAUAAGAGGGGGUUGUUACUUCCAAGAAGGGGAGAAAGUAAGGAUGGAGAUGAGUGUUGAAACUGCAUAUGGAAGAUCAAUCGAAACUUUGAUUGAUUGGCUGCACACUGAAGUAAAUAUGAGCAAGACUCGAGUCUUCUUUCGAACCUAUGCUCCUGUACAUUUCAGGGGCGGCGACUGGAAGACUGGUGGUAGCUGCCAUCUGGAAAAGCUUCCUGACUUAGGCUCUGUGCUGGUUUCACCAGAUUACCGUUUCAAACUAUUUUUUGAUGUGUUAUCAAAACACUCAAAUGAAUCACAAGUAAUGAACUUGCAUUUGUUGAAUGUGACAAGCAUGUCAGCCCGGAGGAAGGAUGGCCAUGCGUCCUUAUACUAUCUUGGACCAGGUAGAGGUCCAGCCUCCCUACACCGUCAAGACUGCAGCCAUUGGUGCCUGCCUGGUGUACCUGAUUCCUGGAAUGAGCUUCUUUAUACACUUCUUUUGAAGCAGGAGUUGGUUCAUGUACAAGAUUUAACAGAAUCUUCUCAAGCUCCAUCUGUGACCACUUAAGAAGUAACCUGUUUGGACCAACAUGAUUAAAGAACGGCAGUUCAUAAAUCAAAGGUUGCAGUUUCCUCAAACAUAUCAGCAAAAUCAUCAUUUGCUGAGUUGGAUGCGGUGCUUUGCUUCCAGACCAUCCAUUUAAUCAUCAGUUGCCUUAAGCAAUCCUUGGCAAAAUUUAAGUUAUACCAUUUUUCAGUGAAUUUUGUUUUCUGAAUGAUCGGGACAGUUCACAGGCAUCGUGAUAGGAAGGCAAAGUUGAUAGUUGAGAAGAGAUAUACACAAAGGCAUGCUUUUCUUUUUGUUAUACAAGCUGUAUUCCUUGGACAGAACAAAAAUAGAAAAAAUCCUGAUCAGGCCGCUUGUAAAUUGUAUAUGCAGAGCAAAUGCUGGAAAUUUUACAGUAUGAGAAAUCCUCAGUUCAGUUUACACACCCUCGGAAGCAGAGAACUUUCAGCCAUGGUAAUUCUUAAAGAAUGAAAAAGAAUUCAGGGC